AUGGCAACCCAGAGAAGAUCUAGCGGUACAAGAUCUCGGACUGGCUGCAUUACAUGCAAGCUACGACACGUCAAGUGCGACGAGACAAAGCCCAUGUGUCUCCGAUGCCAGGAGUCAGGACACAAAUGUGAGGGCUACGAUAAUGCAUCUCAGUCCCAACUACGCCGGAGAGUCAAAGCGAUCCAAAAUAUGUCGCGCAGACCUCUCCUGAGUGGGGAUCAUCGCAUUGUUCUCCGUCCCGAGACCCGAGAGGAGCGUCGGUGGGCGGAUUUCUUCCAUGCUCAAACGGUAGUGGCAUUCUCGGGAUUCUUUGACUCCAUGCUCUGGUCAUAUUUGAUUCCGCAGAUUAGCGAGGGAGAGCCGACCAUUCGCCACGCCAUGGUAGCCAUCGGUGCCAUCCAUGCCCGGUAUCAAAUUGCGGCGGAUCCGACAGUGGCCGAUCACGCCUUCACAGACCAGUUUGUUUUGCAGCAAUACAAUAAAGCGAUUCGACAUCUAAUAGACCGCAUGUCUACAGUAGACAGCCAGAACUGGGAGCUAACACUGGCCACUUGCUGUCUUUUUAUUUGUUUGGAAAUCCUUCGCGGGAAAAAAGCAGAAGCACUAGAUCAUAUAGACGCUGGCCUGAAGAUGCUUUACCAACAUGAACAGAGAUGGGGCACACCAGAUCGCAACACAGAAUUGUAUAGGGAACUACACCAGUUACUCUCCAGAUUCAAUUUGGAGGCUUCGUUCAUGGGUCGUCUCUUGUGUCCUCUGAACUUCCCGUCCCAGGAUGUUCCAACUGCCAACCUGACAUUGAGCAGCCUCUCUCACGCCAGGAACUAUCUCGACAGUUUAAUGAACAAAGGGCUCGCGUUCAUCCGAUCAGUCGGCUUGGACAGGAAACCCCGAGACUCGCAGCGGCAGCAGAGGUUAGAGCUCGAGCAGCGAAAGCUCUGUUCUGAGUUUGACACCUGGCUAGUGUCCCUAAACAAGCUGAUCCAGAGGAUGGGGCCAUGGAUCCAGCAAAGUGACCAACGCGCCUCACUCAAUCUGAAGAUUUACCAUCACACUUCGCUGAUCUGGGUAAAGACAGUUCUGGCACGGGAUGAGAAUGUCUUCGAUCUCUACGUUUCAGAUUUCGAUGCAGUGGUUAGCUACGCGGGAAGAGUGAUCCAACUCACCGGGGAAAUCGACAAACGCACUAAUAACCAAUCGAAGUUUUGUCUCGAUGGCCAGGUUAUCGGACCUCUCUACUAUGCAGCUACCAAAUGCCGCAGCCCUGCCAUUCGACGAAGAGCCAUCGAUCUUCUUAUCCGUUAUGGGAAGAUAGAGGGCAUGUGGGACGCGAAGCGAUAUGCAGCAGUAGCGAAUUUAGUGAUGGAGGUCGAGGAGAGCGCGUGUUUGGAAGUCAUAGAGAGUGAAUUGGAUGUGGACCGGCAUGCUCGUGUUUACGAGUGUCUUCAGCCCGAAGUAAUGGAGAGCAACCCUUGUCAGGUCCUGUUGUUGUUCAAGCCGGAUGGGGUAGACGGUGAUUUUCAGCAGCGCAUGGAAUUAGUGCACUGGUAG